GGUCCAUUUGGUCAGUGCGAGUCCGAUGGAAAGAACGAGUGGAAAUCGCCAUAAGAGGUUACUUUUUUACGAUGAGCAAGGCAACCUGGUCCAAACUUACAACAACCCUCUCCGCGAUUUUCCGGAACAGAUGGAAAAGUUUCCAUUUUUCGGAUCGUUUUUCCAACCGUUCUUCAACUUUAUGCGCCCCAUACAGUCCUUCGGCGGUCGCCCAAUGGCCUACAUGAUCCCAGUAUCAGAUGAAGUAAUUCACCAGAUUGCCCAAGACCCGGUCAUGCAAAACAAGCUCCUCCUCCUACCGAGAGACCCAGUCGUGGAACAGAAUGAGCUGUGUCUUGGAAAGCGGGCUCAGAUUCCUUCCCCGAAACUUUGCAGUGCAUUUCUGAACUGCUGGGACGGGUUCGCUUUUGAGCAGGAAUGCCCGAACGGGUUGCUGUUCUCUAGUGAGGGGUAUUGUGAUUAUCCGCAGAGGGUGGAUUGUAGUAAUAGGAGAAUUAUUGAGCGCCCUGCGCCGACGCCGCUCCGCUGCGCGAGCGACUUCGAAGCGUUCCGCAGCGAGUGGAGCUGUGGAGAGUUCUUUGUGUGCGUCAACCGCCUGCCCGUGCGGUUCCAGUGCCCUAGCGACCUCGUGUUCAACACGGACCUCGGCAUCUGCGACUACUCAGCCCGCGUGAACUGCUCGGCAUCAGUCAACCUGUCUGGAGCGGCCGACGUCCAAGCCCCUGCAGGAGGCACCGCUUCUACGGACGGCAAGACUGUCCUGCUGAAGAGUUCCGUCUAUAACACUCAGAGUUGGUCGUCACACUCGCACGUCGCACUGUCUCGCCAGGAUGCUGUCCGCCAGCUGCAGCUCGGUCGCAUCGCCAACGUCAACACAGCUUAUUAGCGUAAAUAAGUACUUAACCUCACAUGGCGACCCAGACAGGAUGCCUUGCCCUUUAACCCUUUUCAGGCUUCGUACGAUUCCGUGAUGUGCGUUACGUUUAUAAAUGAAUGAAAUUUCAACUUUAGCAUCCCGGGAAAAUGUCUUUAUUAAAUAAUCAAAUCUGGAAUGACUUUAAUAUUGAAAAUAUCUUGUCGAUUGGUGCUGCCUAGAAAUUGUAUUUAGUUUCAGUUCAAGUAAGUGAUUACUGCAAUAUGUUAGUAUCAAAAUUAACGAUUCUUUAAACAAGUCACUUCACUAUUCACAUGUCCAAUUUAUGUCGUAUCCAGAAUCUAAAUAGAUCUAAUAUUUGACUGUGUUAGUUCGAUAUUGAUUAUCUAUCCUCUCUUUGUGAAGUAAGAUGGCCUGAUGAUGGUAUAUUUGAAAAUGUACCGAUCUGUUUUAGAGAUUUAGAAUGUGUAAGUGAUUGUAUCUUAGGAAUAAAACGUUAUCUUUAAGAGUCUUUUAAAUAAUAAUCAACGUGUAUUAGUGAUACCUUAAGGACUAGGUUAGGUUUUUCUUUAUAAACUUGAUCUUGACACUCAAAGCAAAUAAAGAAGAACAAAGAUGGUUCAAGAAGUUGUCUAAAAUUACUAUGUAUUAUGAUUUCGAUUUUGAUAUGAGGUUUAUAAUAGGUAUUAUAUCCAUACUUAAUAUUAUAAAUGGGAAAGUGUGUGUGUCUGUUUGUUUGUCUUAUCCGUCUUCCACGGCAAAACGGAGCGACGAAUUGACGUGAUAUUUUAAGUGGAGAUAGUUGAA